AUGUGCCACAUACCAGUCUUCUGUUGGCUUUCAGCCAGUGUGCUGGAGAAUAUGAUGAGCGAUGAAGAUACUAAUGAAAUCUCCAAAAUUCUGACUGAGAUGUGCACACACUUCCUGCUUAUUCAGACCAGUCUGAAGAAUCAGAAGUACCAUGGAGCCACUGUGGAAAACCCAAAGAAGCUGUCUCAGUCAGACAGAGAGAUGAUUCUGAAACUGGGAAAACUGGCUUUCCAACAGCUGGAGAAGGAGGAGGUGCUGGACGAGUUUGACAUGAAGAUGUACAAAACAUCAGCAGGGGGUCAGCAGAGGCUGCUCGCAGCACUGAGGACCUGCAAGAGGGCAAGAUCUUUUCAGUGGGAUGGAAAAGAAAGCACUGCCUCUAAAAUGAGUCAGGAGCAUAGAGAGGGGGACACUGCCCCUAAAAUGAAUCUUCCUCAGGAGCACAGAGAGGGGGACACUGCCUCUAAAAUGAGUCUUCCUCAGGAGCACAGAGAGGGGGACACUGCCUCUAAAAUGAGUCUUCCUCAGGAGCACAGAGAGGGGGACACUGCCCCUAAAAUGAGUCUUCCUCAGGAGCACAGAGAGAGGGACACUGCCUCUCGGAUGAGUGUCUGUCUGGACGGUGAAAAGAGGAGUGCCGCGAGUAAAAGGUGUUCGUCUGAGGGAUAUAAUGAAGGCACUGACUCUAAAAGAAGGAACAUCGCCUUCCAAAGAAAGCGAACAGGGCAUGUUCUGAAAGAGGAUCUCCUCCAGUGUGACAUGUGUAAGGAGAAGCUGAAGGAUCUAGUCUCUGUCCCCAGUGGACACAGAUACUGCAGACAGUGCAUCUGUAAGUGGGAUUUGUCUGAAUUAGUACAAAUCCAGCAGGCAGAAUUCAGUCCUGUUAAUCCAGACCACUGCUAUACUGGACCUGGAGAUGUGGCCUGUGAUUUCUGCACUGGGAGGAAGCUGAGAGCUGUGAAGUCCUGUCUGACCUGCCCUGCCUCCCUCUGUGAGAACCAUGUCAGGCAGCACUACACAAUACCAGCACUGCAGAGACACACACUGGUGGAGGUGACUGGAGACCUGGAGCAGAGACUCUGUCAGCAGCACCACAGAGUUCUGGAGAUGUUCUGUAAGACUGACCAGACACACAUCUGUAAAGUUUGUGCAGUGGAGGAACACCAAGGCCACAGUAAACUCUACAGAGAGAUUUCCAGUGUACCAGAGCCCAAAAGCCUUCUCAAAAUGACACUGGGGAACAUAAAGCCGGAACAUUUCCAAACCUUUAAACAAGAACUGAAUGAGGACUACCCAGAUAGUUUAGGUAAUCACCUGGGGGAUCUUGAUGUGUCUGGUGUCACUGAAAGGAUGCUGGACUGCUUUGGAGUUGAGGGAGCUCAGAGAAUCACACUACACUUCCUGAAUGUUGCCAUUCCUUUAAGAAAAGUUCAAGAAGCUAAUAAGGAAAACCUGAGACAAAAAUUCCAACAUAUGACAGAGGGACUUUCAUCACAAGGAAAAGUUUCCCUUUUGAAUGAGGUCUACACAGAGCUCUACGUCACAGAGGGUGGAAGUGGAGAGGUCAAUAAUGAACAUGAGAUCAGACAAAUUGAGAUGACAUCCAAGACACAAACCCCUCAAGCCACUCCCAUCAAAUGCAAUGACAUAUUUACAGUACUUUCUGCACGCAGUAAACAAAUCAGAACAGUGCUGACAAAGGGAAUAGCUGGAAUUGGAAAGACUGUCUCUGUACAGAAGUUCAUUCUUGACUGGGCUGAAAGAAAAGCCAAUGAAGACAUCACAGUCAUAGUCCCUCUACCUUUCAGGGAUCUUAAUCUGAAGAAAGAGAAAUACAGUCUCAUCCAGCUACUUCAUCACUAUGCUCCAGAACUGAAAAACAUAAAGGACAUAAAGGACAGAAAAGUCAAAAUUCUCCUGAUUUUUGAUGGUCUGGAUGAGUAUCGAUUUCCUCUAAGUUUCCAGAAUAGUGAGUUUUGCUCUGAUGUUACAAAGUCAAUCUCACUGGAUGUGCUGCUGACAAACCUCAUCAAGGGGAAUCUGCUUCCCUCUGCUCUCCUCUGGAUAACCUCACGACCAGCAGCAGCCAGUCAGAUCCCUCCUGAGUGUGUCCACCAGGUAACAGAGAUCCAUGGGUUCCGAGACACUCAGAAGGAAGAAUACUUCAGAAAGAGAAUCAGUGAUCAGAGCAUGGCCAACAGAAUAAUCAAACACAUCAAGUCAUCAAGGAGCCUCCACAUCAUGUGCCACAUACCGGUCUUCUGUUGGCUUUCAGCCACUGUGCUUAAGAAUAUGAUGAGUAAUGCCAGCACUGGUGAAAUCCCCAAAACACUGACUGAGAUGUACACACACUUCCUGCUCCUUCAGAUUAGUUUGAAGAAUAAGAAGUACCAUGGAACCACCAUGGAAAACCCAAAGAAGCUGUUACAAUCAGACAAAGAGAUGAUUCUGAAACUGGGGAAACUGGCUUUCCAACAGCUGGAGAAGGGUAAUCUGAUAUUCUAUGAGGAGGACCUGAGAGAGUGUGGCAUUGAUGUGAGUAAAGCUUCAGAGUACUCUUCAGUGUGCACAGAGAUCUUUAGAGAGGAGUUGGGAUUGUACAGGGAGAAGGUUUUCUGUUUUGUACAUCUGAGCGUUCAGGAGCAUCUUGCUGCAGUGUAUGCACAUUUUUCAUGUGUGAAUGAAAGAAAAAAUGUGUUUAGCAGAGAGGACCCUCGAAUUGAAUAUUCUUAUGCUAGGAUAUUUACACUGUCUGACCUACACCCGAUUGCAGUGGACAAAGCUCUGCAGAGCGAGAAAGGACACCUUGACUUUUUCCUUCGCUUCCUUCUUGGCCUCUCACUGGAUUCCAGUCAGACUCUCCUACAAGACUUAAUGAUAAGAACCAGCUCAAAAAUCAGAGUUCACAGCACUGUAUGGACAGAUCGGUUUGUGAAGAUGAUGGACACAGAUAAAUAUAUAAAGAUGAGGAUCAGAGGGGAAUCAUCACCAGAGAGGAUCAUCAAUCUCUUCCACUGUCUGAAUGAGCUGAACGAUAACUCUCUAGUGGAGGAAAUCCAGUCUGCCUUCAGAUCAGGGAAACUCUCAUCUCAAAAGCUGGAGCCACACCAGUGUUCAGCUCUGGCCUAUGUGUUACUGAUGUCAGAGGAGGUGCUGGAUGAGUUUGAUCUGAAGAUGUACAAAACAUCAGCAGCAGGUCAGCAGAGGCUUCUCCCAGUACUGAAGACCUGCAAGAAGGCCAGGUCAGUUUUUUUUGUCUGCUGUAACUUAUUUACACAUGUAUCAUCUGCAUCCUGUGAAACGAUUGGUUCAGCUCUAAAGUUGGUGAACUCACCCCUGAGAGAGCUGGAUCUCAGCUGCAAUAACCUGGCAGAUUCAGGAGUGAAGCUGCUAUGUGCUGGACUACAGUGCCCAAACUGUAAACUGCAAAAAUUGUGGCUGUCUGGCUGUAAUCUUUCAACUGAAUCCUGUGGAUCUUUGGCCUCUGCCCUCCAGUCAGUGAGCUCACCUCUAAGAGAGCUGGAUCUCAGCUACAAUACGCUGACACAUUCAGGAGUGAAACUGCUCUGUGGUGGUCUGUUGAGUCCAAACUGUCAACUACAGAGAGUGGACUUGAAUACUUGUCGUCUCACAGAAGACUGUUGUGUAGCUCUGUCCUCAGUCCUGAGGUCUCCGCACUCUUACCUGAGAGAACUGGAGCUGAGACACAAUGAUCUGCAGGACUUAGGAGUGAAACUGCUCUCUGCUGGCCUAGAGGAUUCACAGUGUAAAUUAGAAAAACUGGGGCUGUCAGGCUGUCUAAUUACAGAGGAAGGCUGUGCUUCUCUAGUCUCAGCUCUGAGAUCAAACCCCUCACAUUUGAGAGAGCUGGACCUAAGCUACAAUCACCCAGGAGACUCAGGAUUGAUGCUGCUCUCUGCUCUGCUGGGGGAUCUACACUGUAAACUGAAAAAACUGGAACUGGACCAUGCUGGAGAGUACUGGAUGGGACUUACGCCACGGAAAUAUGUCUGUCAGCUCACACUGGACCAGAACACAGCACACGGAAACCUCUCUCUGUCUGAGAGGAACAGGAGAGUGACAUGGACUCCAAAAAAACAACCAUAUCCUGAUCAUUCUGAGAGAUUCCGGAAUGUUCAUCGUGUGCUUUGUAGUGAAGCUCUAACUGGGCGCUUUUACUGGGAGGUGGAGUGGAGUGGAACAACGCGGAUUGGGGCAACAUAUAAGAGCAUCAGUAGAGAAGAGGGCUGUAUGGGAAUGGAUGAUAAAUCCUUUGUCCUGUUCUGUCAAGGAGAUACGUUCUAUUUCAUUCACAACAGUAAGACGUGUGCUGCAGUGUCUCCCCCUCAUCCUUGUAACAGAUUAGGAGUGUAUCUGGACUGGGCUGCUGGCACUCUGCACUUCUACAGAGUCCUCAGUGGCACACUGACCCCUCUGUACACGUUUAACACCACAUUCAUCGAACCCCUUUACGCGGGUUUUGAGCUUUGCGGUAACUCCACCGUGACUUUGUGUCGUUUGGAAGGCAUGAUAAGACUACAGUGA